GUGGUAUCUUAUCACGGUACUAUCGCUUCUUGGAGUGGAACUUGUCGCAUUUGUGACUUCCACGUAGUACGAUGGAGAUAAACUUCAAAGGUAAAAGGGCUCUAGUAACAGGGGCUGCUCAAGGUAUCGGGCGCGGCAUCGCCGAAAAGCUACUACAAUGUGGAGCCACCGUCAUCGCUUUGGACGUUUCUAAACCGGCACUAGACCAACUAAAAACCCAAUGCCCUUCCGUCGAACUUCUCGUGGUUGACCUCUCCAACUGGUCAGCCACAGCUGACGCUAUUAAGUCCGUUUUCCCCAUCGACCUAGUAGUGAACAACGCCGGCAUAGCCACAAUCGACCCUCUUACUUCCAUCACCGAAGACCAGUUCGAUCGAAUGUUCACCGUCAACGUCAAAGCUCUGAUUAACGUCACCAAAACCGCUAUUGGAGACAUGGUAGCCCGCAAAUCCUCUGGAGCUAUAGUCAAUAUAUCGUCGCAAGCUUCACAGGCCGCUCUUUUGAACCAUACUCUGUACUGCGCAACCAAGGGGGCCAUCGAUGCUUUUACGAGGGCGACAGCGCUAGAGUACGGCCCCCAUAACAUAAGGAUUAAUUGUGUUAAUCCAACGGUCGUGAUGACCGAAUUAGGGAGGAAGAUUUGGAGUGACCCCAAAAUGGGGGAGCCCAUGCUGGCCAAAAUCCCGCUGAAGCGGUUCGCAGAGAUCGAAAAUGUGGUCGAUGCUGUUGUGUUUUUGCUUAGUGAUAAGGCGGCAAUGAUAACGGGGAGCUGUCUCCCGGUGGACGGGGGGUUUUUAGCUUGUUGAUUAAGUUUGAAUAAAAUAAAAAUAAUGCUUUAUUAUGUG